CAAGGUGCGCAGGCAUUGGCUGGUGCCUCGCGAGGCGGGCCCCGGUUAUUGUCCGGGCUCCGGUGGCGGCAGCAGCGGCUCUCGGUGCUGCGAGAGCGGCAGCGGCGGCAGCGGCGACUCGGCGGCAGCGAGGUCUGGAGCAGCCGAGACUAUGGCUGGAGGCAAAGCUGGAAAAGACAGUGGGAAGGCCAAGGCCAAGGCAGUGUCUCGCUCACAGAGAGCCGGGCUGCAGUUUCCUGUGGGCCGUAUCCAUAGACACCUAAAGACUCGCACCACGAGCCAUGGGAGAGUCGGUGCCACUGCUGCAGUGUACAGCGCCGCGAUUCUGGAGUACCUCACUGCUGAGGUGCUUGAGCUGGCAGGUAAUGCUUCCAAGGAUCUCAAAGUAAAGCGGAUCACUCCCCGUCACUUGCAGCUUGCAAUCCGUGGAGAUGAGGAGUUGGAUUCUCUCAUCAAAGCUACCAUAGCGGGUGGUGGUGUGAUUCCGCACAUCCACAAGUCUCUGAUUGGCAAGAAAGGUCAGCAGAAAACAGCUUAGAGUUGUUUUAUCCGAGCUUCUUCCUCCCCAUCAUUGUACUGUUACUGGAACAGAAUAAUGGGGACAUGUGGAGUUAAAAAAAAAAAAAUUGAAAAGCAUAGACAAUUACUGUAGACAUGAUAAAAAAAAUUGUAUGUUCUUAGUCUGGAAGUUUGAUAAAAGUACCUUUUUGUGUGGCAACAGUUGUGUGUUGAUUGGCUAGGUUUCUUCCAUGUGUUUUAUACAAAAAUGGAAUUGAUAAACCAUUUUUUACAAAAUAA